GCCUCACUAGGUGAGACAUUUUCUUUUUAAUGUCAGGGGAAGCUUGCUUUAUCUGGAUUUGGCAAUACAGCAUCUCAAAUUCAUGACUAAUGGUGGAGCAGACUGUUACAUUAAACAGGAUAAUCCAGAAUUCUGAUUUUUAUUUUUGUAGAGCAACAUUACAUUUUGACCUUCAUCCUUGACUUCUUUACUUCAAGUCAAAGUAUAGCAGUGGAGUAGUUACUAUCGCAGUGAUGCUUUAUUUUUGUCCAAGUGAAAACUGUUUAACUCAUGAAACUGACAUAGUAUAUAUUGAUGGAGUAAUUGCAAGAGUUAUACACUGUUUGCGAUUUAUUUUGACAUUGACGUUGAGUUAUUGAAUUACUGCUGUUCAAGAGAUUUAACGGUUCCAUUUCAGCUAAAUUUCAAGUCUAUUCUCAUAAAUGUUAGGCUAUUCUCAUUGAUGCCAUUUAGUGAGGCAUAAAUGUUUUAUAUAUUAGAGUAAUAUGUAGGCUAUUUUAUAAAAGUGGAGCAUAAUACUGUAUUAUAGCUUCAACAUCAAAAGCAUGGCUACCCUUAUUGCUCCGGAGGACUUCUCUGCAGCCGAAGAUGCUUUAGACAUCAAGAAGGCUUGUCUAGGAUUGGGAACGGAUGAGAAGGUGAUAAUUUCGAUACUAGGACAUCGAAAUUCAUUUCAAAGGAAGCUUAUAAGGCAAGCUUACCAUGAGAUUUAUCAAGAGGAUCUUAUCAAGCAACUUAAGUCUGAGCUUUCUGGGCACUUUGAGGAAGCUAUGUGCCAUUGGACUCUGGAUCCUGUUGAUCGAGACGCUACUUUAGCGAAUAAGGCAUUGCAUAGAACACCACCUGAUUGUAGGGUACUCAUUGAAAUUGCAUGCAUUAGAUCUCCAGAGGAUCUGCUGACAGUGAAGCGUGCUUACUGCUCUCUUUACAAUCAUUCCCUCGAAGAAGAUGUUGCCUCUCGCACCACCGGAGACAUUCGAAAACUUUUGGUUGGAAUGGUAAGCUGUUAUAGGUUUGAUGGUGAAGAAAUUGACGAGGGAGUGUCGGUUUCAGAAGCCAAUAUUCUUCAUGAUGAAAUCAAAGAAAAGGCUUAUAACCACGAAGAGAUGAUCAGAAUAUUGAGUACAAGGAGCAAGGCACAACUCAAUGCUACUUUCAAACGGUACCGAUAUAUUUACGGCACAUCCAUAAGGAAGGGUUUGAUGUGUGAUCCAACCAACGAGUACCUAACUGCCUUGCAUACUGUCAUUGAAUGCAUUCAAGACCCUAAAAAACAUUACGUCAAGGUGUUGCGCAAUGCAACCAACACUGCACAAGGAAUUGAUAAAGAUGCUCUCAGCCAUGUGAUCCUUACUCGUGCAGAAAAAGACCUGAAAGAUAUCAAGGAACUCUACCUCAAGAAAAACAAGGUGUCUCUCGAUGAUGUAGUGGCUAGAGCCACAUUUGGAGAUAAUAAGUCAUUUCUUCUAGCCUUGUUAGGCAAUGAAGAGAAUUAGACUUGCAAGUUACAACAAAUAGGCUCAAAUACAAUGUCCUGGACAUUGUAGGAUAGCAUACUUAGAUUAAUAUAGUUUUGUAUUCUUAAUAUUCAGGAAAGACAAUGGAGUUGAUCAGGAUUUGUGACUUUCAUGUUGAUUUUUUUUUGGUCAAUUGUUGAAGUUCCAUUAUUGAAAGCGAUAUUAGCUAUUAAAAGUGCUUUCAAUCUAACUAAACUUUCCGUUGAAAGUUUCAUUUGC